AUGGCCACAGGCAUGGUCAGCUGGAGGAAUGUGUCGCUAGUGGCACUUCUGUCAGUGAUCGCCUAUAAUUUUCACACGCCCUUCUCCGUUGCCAAUCUGGAGCCAUCGCUGGUCGGCAAGGUCGCCAUCGUGACCGGAGGAAGUCGGGGCAUUGGCAAAGGCAUCGCAAUUGGUUUGGGCGAAAGUGGCGCCACAGUAUAUAUUACAGGUCGCACCUUGACCUCGAACUCAACCAACACUGGCGGGCCUGCUGGGGCUCCGCAAGCUGGGACGCUUGAAGAGACAUGUGCAGAAGUGGUGAAGGCUGGCGGCCAAUGUAUUCCGGCUGCUGUUGAUAGUGGAAACGAUGAUCAGCUGAGACAGUUCAUUGAUCAGGUCAUUCAGGACCAUGGCAAGAUCGAUGUCCUCGUCAACAAUGCAUUCAGCGCAGUUUCAUGGCUCCCAAAGCACGCUGGCAAGCCCUUCUGGGAGAAAGGUGCUGAUGCUUGGGAUGCCGUGAAUCAUGUUGGGCUGCGCUCACAUUAUCUAGCCAGUGUGCAUGCAGCGCAGCACAUGACCAAAGCCAAAUCUGGGCUCAUCAUCAAUGUGGGAUCGCUCGGUGGCAUUAACUACAUUUUCGACGUUGCCUACGGAAUUGGAAAGGCGGCAAUGGACCGCAUGGCAAAUGACAUGGCCAUCGAGUUGGCAACCGACAAUGUCACCAUGAUUUCGCUGUGGCCUGGGAUAGUCGCGACGGAGAACGUUCAGGAUGGAGCUCUCGCACCCGAAGACUUGAAGGAGCGACGUGGACUGGCACCAGGGCCAAAGGUGGAUUCGGCUUCACUGGUGCAAACCCCUUUGGCAGAGACGCCACUCUUCGUGGGCCGGGCAGUGGCAGCAUUCGCACGUGACCGCACGAAGUUCGGUUUCAGUGGGAAGGUUCUUCUGCCGGCCUUGAUGGCAGCUGGCUAUGGUUUUGUGGAUGAGCGUGGCUUGAGAACCCCACCUCCCAACUCGCUCAAGUUUGCUGCUUCAGUCGCAUUGCAAUCAACACUCAAAGACCAGGGCUUGCUCGCCGCGCCCGUGGAGCUGUUUAAGCCGAGCCAGCCCAGCGCCAACAUGGAACUUUACUGGAACAGGCUCCCAAACCUAAUCAUCCCUGGCUUCGUCUUGAAGCUCAUGGCUGGGGCUCCGAAUUUGUAG